GCGCUUGGUGACGAAUUUUCGUAAUUUCGCCGACGAGCGGGACAACACAAAGUACAAGAGCGAAGGAGUAUUGAGGAAACGAGACAGGAGUAUAAGUAUUGGUAAAGUGUGAGCUGGCCUCGCUGCCAGCAACAAGUGACUUUACCAUCGACGAUCUUAUACCUACACGCAUCAGCAAUCGCCUAAUCGCCGCUUUGUAGCUGUUGUUGUCGGCGAUUUUUAAGGAUAAUAGAACGAUGAAGUCGACGACAACGGCACAUUUGAUUUUGCUGUGCACGUUGAGCAUCCUACACGGCUGGACAUCUGCGAUAGAAGAUUCAGUAUCGUCACAUGAUGGUGCUUAUUCAGAUCCUAGAGAGCAAUCAGUUGGAGGGAAAAGAGCUUACGAAUAUCGCUCGGAAUACAAAAGACUACCACUAUUUCAAUUUGGUCUAGGCAAGCGUAUGGCACCGAGUUACGAAGAAAAGAGAGCAAAACCAUUAAGUUUCGGUUUGGGCAAAAGAAAGCCAAGCUGCGUGUUUGUUCUUGGAAAAAAAAGUGACUACGACGAAGAUGGUUAUUCAGAUGAGCUAUACGACAAUUCGCCUUUCGAGGCUUACGUGCAGGAUAAACGGACUGAGAGCAGCUUUGCUUUUGGUUUGGGGAAGCGAGGUGGUGGAGAGAGAAACGUCAACGACUGGUUGCACAAAAAGAGGCUUGCGAGAAAGUACGCCAAAGCUGAUUUUCCAUUUGGUUUAGGCAAACGUAACUACGAGCAUGAAGACGGCAAUGGGUUUUUUGCAUAAACAAGGAAUUCUGAUAUUUCGUUGAGAACGUACAGAGAGUGAGAGAAUCAACGUAUGGUUGCUAAUUACCAAAGCUAAUUGUUGUUCUAUUGAGCAUCAUAAUUUAUUUAUUUAUUUAAUAAUUCACUAGUCAUACGUGUAUACUUAAAAAUUAUUUGUUCAUUCAUUGCAAAGGAGAGAAGAGAAAGUCUGCGAUUGUAGUACAAAAAAAAAUUUUUUUUGCACAUUUCAGAGACAUACGUACCGUCGUGUUUUUAUGCGAAUUGGUGGAUGCUUUUACGCUGAUGUGCCAUAAUAUACGCACAGGCUCGCAUGUUCUGAAUUGGAGUGUCGAUCGAGUAACGUGCACGAUAGCUACUGCUAUGUAGUAAUAAAAAAGAAUGUAAAUGUAUUAUUUGUUUAUUUAUUUAUUAUUCCAGCAUCUCGCUGCCAUUACAGAGUGUAGUUGCGCGUUUUACGUUCUACAAGCUUUAUGAAUUUUCGUUAAUGGUACUUGUCGAAUUAAAUGUUAUUUUACGAUAAAAUCCACUUUAGAUCAAUUUGCAUUACAAAUUCCAUUGGCUGAUCACCUUUUACAUGAUGUUAUGAGGGCAUAAAAUAUCAAUAAAAUUGCAGUACAUUAUAGAACACUUGAGAUCGUAAAUUAGAUAAGAUGUACUACAUUUUUUUUUCAAUUGGUCUUAUUUCGAUUACAAAUCGCUUUCUCCACAAUGAAAAUGUAUAUUUAGAAAUUAAUUGAUUGAAUAAAGAAAAAUUCCAAUACA